AAGAGCUUUAAAAUAAAAAUUCAAUUCUACCUAGUCCAAAAAAUGCAUUGCACAAUUAUGCAGGUCCUACUUUUCGUAGCGUAUGUAUAUCGCAAACUGAACGAUGAACAAAGGCUAGAAUGCCUAUGUCCGCCAUACUGCUAACAACGCCACGUAAAAACUCGUGACUGUGGCCCGACUUGAUCAACUAAAAAUCGCGUUCAAAAGCUUGUAGACAUUGUAAUGGCGGCCUAUUCGGGUAUGUGCAAGCUGGCCUGACGCCGAGGGAAGUUGAUCAAGUCGGUGAUUUUGUUUAUCAACGAGGCGCUCACAUAUAGGAAGCUUCUCCGUGUGCUGAAAUGUUAGUUGCUGGACUUUUUCAGUGAAAUAUGUGUGCAUUUUCAUGGUUACAGCGGAUUUCUUUCAAAAAUAAAUUCUAGUGCAUCCAACAUGGCGAUGGGCUUGUGUUCAGUAGUCUGUAGUGAUGUUAAACAAUGCAUUAGAGCUGUCACGACACCUCCUCAUCUCAACGACAGGACAAAAUGUCGCCCACUUAGCUUAAAGAAUAGUGUUUUUUGUUAUAAUUCAACAUAUACACCUUACGACAUUGCUUUGUCAAUAUUUGGCACAUGUACCAUGAUGCUAUCCAUACUAGGCCUCAUUUCAUUUUAAUCCCAAUUUUUCAACUUGUAUAGAGCUGAUAAACUAUAUAAUUUUUCAUUUUAAAGUCCAUGAAUUGCUUCACCUGAAACUAACACAAUUACUAACUUUGUCUCUUUUUUUUCAACACAAACUUGUAGCUGGACAUGACAGAGGCGCCAUAUUUGACUUGUAGACCUUUGCAGUUGUCCUGAUAAUAAAAGUUGUCCAAAGAAACUGAAUGACACCCCGACAUCAUUUUAAAUUAGCAGCAAAUCAAGUAUAAAUGUUUAACUUGCAUAUCUAAAAUGCUUGCUUUUCAUUUAUGAUUAUUGUGGGAGUCGAUAAUUCAGAAAAACCGCAUCCCCUCUUGACCAAGUGAAGCACAUGUUCCCCUAGCCAUGAAUGUAAACAGUGGUGACGACGCUUUUUAUAGCUAAAAUAACGACUGCAAUACAAGUGAUGGUCAUCCAGUUUUACUGCGAAGAGAAAACUUAGAAAGAACAGACAUGGAUAUUGCGACUCUUUCUUUUGUGCUCACCAUUAUUCAUGGAGCAUUUGCAAACCACCUGGCAGGAAACCGUGGUAUGUCAGGGAGAGUUGGUUCUCUUCGUCAGUCAUCAAGAGCCUCGUUUUCAAACAGGGGAAGCUCCUCAAGCAGGCGGGUCCCCGUGAUAAGUUCGGCAGAGCUGCGCGCCAUAUAUCGGGCGCGGGAAAUCAGAAGACAACAGAGGCUACUAGAGCAACAGAAGCAGCUCGCACAGUUGUCUCAGAUCCAAAGCAACCGAGGAUCCCCACAAAACUUACUAUCGCAACUCUUAACACCGCAACAACAGCAACCUCAGCCACAAUCGCAGCAACAAGUAGCAAUUACUAAUGAUUUACUGCAAAAAUUGUUGCUGACAGCAAUUUUAGGAAACGAUUUGAAUACUGCAAAUGGAGGAAAGGGACAAACACAACAGCAAUCUACAGCUACUGUUUCCAGCUCUGCAGCAAAACCCACACAAAAUGCUAAUAAUAAUCCAGUUGUUAUAGAGGCGAACGGAAAUAUCCGGCUCUCGGAAGUCAAAAAGCCAAACGGACAGACACAUAUUGUAAUCGACGCCUCUAAUAUGGGAAUCCCAGGUCCGUUGACGGUAACCUUAAAACCCGGUGAGGACCCUCCGGAACCGGAGAUAAAACUUCCGUUUGGCCACCGGAAGUGAGGUCAUUACGCUAGCCCUGGUGUUAUAAACGAAGAGAUUACGCAUUCUCAGGGAUAAAAGUGCAUUUUGUCAAUUGUCAGACUGAUUUUGACGAAUUUGUGACAUCGGACGCUCUAAUAUGAUGGUUGACUCUACAAUUCUAAUUAAUUAACUAGAGUCCCAAGUCUUUGGGCCUUUUUUUAUCAAAACAAUUGCUGAAUAUUUAAUUGAUAUAAUUGUUGAUAA